AACAUGGGGGACUACUGUCGAAGUAGGGGAUAUCAGCAUGUAACUUGUAUUGAGUGUUUAUAUUGGUCGAUGCAAGUAAACAGGGGGUUGUUUGGAAAUCGUUCUUAGGCCAUCAACUGUACUCAUAUGUAUAUGUGUUGAAAAUUAGAAAGUGAUUACUUGAAGCAAUCAUGAGGCUGUUCAACUUUCUACUGAAAGAUGUAACAUCGAAAAUAGAAUAUUAUUCGAGGUUCUCUCCCUCGCCGAUGUCUAUCAAGCAGUUUCUGGACUUUGGUAGGGAGAAUGCAUGUGAGAAGACCUCCUACAUGUUCCUGCGUAAGGAGCUUGCGGUGCGGGGGGCCAACACCAUGAAGGAAAUCAACCUGUUACCCCGCGAUCUGCGUAUCCAGCCGUCUAUCAAACUGGUGCACAGCUGGUACAUACAGAGCUUUGAAGAGCUGCUGGACUAUGAACAAAGGGGUCCAGAGGACAGCCGCACCUUAAACGACUUUCUAGACACCCUGGUCAAAAUCCGUAACAGGCACAAUGAAGUGGUCCCCACCAUGGCCCAGGGUGUCAUAGAGUACAAGCAGAAGUUUGGCUUUGACCCUUUUAUCAGCAGCAACGUUCAGUACUUCCUGGAUCGCUUUUACACCAACAGGAUAUCCUUCCGCAUGCUCAUCAACCAGCACACACUCCUUUUUGGUGAUGACAGAACCACCUCCCAUCCCAAGCACAUAGGAAGUAUUGAUCCUACCUGCAAUGUCAAUGAGGUGGUGAAAGAUGCCUAUGAGACCGCUAAGAUGCUCUGUGAGAAGUACUACAUGAUUGCCCCUGAGCUGAAGAUAGAAGAGUACAAUUCCAAGGCCCCUUCGAAGACUAUCCAGGUGGAUUAUGUUCCAUCUCACCUGUUCCAUAUGCUGUUUGAGCUCUUCAAGAAUUCGAUGCGGGCCACGGUGGAGCACCAUGAGAACAGUACUGCUGGACUCCCCCCAGUGAAGGCCAUGGUGACGCUGGGAAAGGAAGACCUCUCUAUCAAGAUCAUUGACAGAGGAGGGGGCGUGCCCCUCAGGAAGAUUGACAAGCUCUUUAGCUACAUGUACUCCACCGCGCCCACCCCGAGCCUGGAACCAGGAAAUGGAACUCAGGCUGCACCACUGGCUGGCUUUGGAUAUGGUCUCCCCAUUUCUAGACUUUAUGCACGCUACUUCCAAGGAGACCUGAACCUUUACUCCAUGGAGGGGGUGGGUACAGACACUGUCAUCUAUCUAAAGGCUCUGUCCAGCGAGUCCUUUGAGCGUCUCCCCGUCUUCAACAAGUCAGCGUGGAGACACUACCAGACUGGCCCUGAGGCAGAUGACUGGAGCAACCCUAGCAGCGACCCACGUGAUGCAGCCAAGUACAAGGUCAAAUAACUCUUUUGAGUCUGGCCCUCAGGCAACGCUGCAUGCCAUAGGUCUUGUCCAGUCACAUGGCAAACAGAUUAAGUUACCGUCCACUCCUACAGUUAAGCACAGAACUAAAGCACAGCACUGACUGAAAUAUUGUCUAAACAGGUAACAUAUUUAUUUCCAGUGAAUAUCACAUCAGGUAUGUAAAUCCAAAACACAGUUUUAAACCAGACCAUCUUUAUUUCCUUGUUUGCUGGUAUGUUAUGAUUGACCACGGUUUCCAUGGUAGCAGAUUGCGAUUGGUGACCUCCUACGUCAGAUAGCAUGACUGUUAUUAGAUCUAAUUAGUGUCACGUGAGAGUGACACCAACUGUCGGGAAAUAAUGUACUUUUUCCCUUAAUGCAAAUAAUGACCUAGCAUAACAGUAUACUGUGUGAAACAAGAAUAUUAGUUUAUCAUUUUAUGGCAGUGUGCAAUGGUUUUCAAUAGAUAAACUCAGUCGGCAUUUUCCCAGCAUUUUCCCAGCUCAGAAAAAGGGAUUAGGUUAGUAUGUACAGUGGGGGAAAAAAGUAUUUAGUCAGCCACCAAUUGUGCAAGUUCUCCCACUUAAAAAGAUGAGA